UAUUACGUGUUGUUUUUCUAUUAUGCAAUAUAUUAUUAAAAUCAAAUCAACUUAACAUAAACAACGGAAAAAUGUACGUAGAUUCCAAUCUUUGUUCAAUUAAUAAAUUAACAGGGCAGAGAAUAAUGUGAAACGCGAUCACAUAACUAGAUGUUGAAAAAAGUGGUGAAAACAGUAAAAAGUGCGGAAUAACAAUGGAAAGACUGAGGAUGUUUCUGAAGGAGACCACCCUGCACGGAGCUAAAUUUAUCGCGGAUCGACGAAGGCCGAUUUACGAGAGAUUUAUGUGGUUCCUGUGCGUCGCAUUUGCUUUUGGGAUCACGAUGUUCGUCGUAUUGGCCCUAUGGGAGAAGUUCCAGACGAAAGCGACGAUAACUGGAUUAGAUACGGACUUCAACACCUGGGACGUGACCUUUCCCGCACUCACACUGUGCGAACACGAUCCCAGCAAUCAACGGAUAAUAGAUGAAUUCAUCCAAAAAAACAUGAAUAAUACCAAGAGGAUUCACGAGACAAAAAAACUUCUCGUCAAUUUAACGCAUUUCUCCUACAAAACUUUGAAGGAAAUCAAAACCAAUUCCGGACUUUUACAAGACAACACAAAUUUGAAAACUUUGUCUUAUCAAUUACUGAGUCCUUGUUACGCGUUGCUCGCCGAAUGCGAGUUUAAAGCGGAAAUAUUCAAUUGCUGCGACAUAUUUAAUCCGGUUUUCACGGAAGUUGGCUACUGCUUCACCUUCAACUCUCCCUACUUCGACACAGACAUACCUUUAUCCUACACUUUGAAAUUCUUCAAACCAGAAGACAUUCGAUUGACCGACUCCAAAUGGAACAUGAAGAUCACUCUGGCAAGAGUGGAUCCGCGCAUGAAGAUCUCAGUUUUCAUCCAUGAUUACGAAGAACCAGUCGGGAUUGAUUUGAAGCCUCAGCACGUCUGGGAUUCUCGCGUGGAUAGCAUAAUCUUCUCACCAAAAAGCACGUACACUGAGGCAAUGGCUCGACAGCUCAGCAUUCGCCAGAGGAAUUGCGUCUUCCACGAUGAAAUCGUCCUGAAGAGUUCGAUGCUUUACACGUACACGGCUUGCAUGCAGGAAUGCAGGAUGGACGCGGCCUUAGAUUUGUGCAGUUGCAUACCUCAUUUUUACCCGGAAAACGGCGACAAACAAUACGUGCAUUGCAAUUUAAAGCAAUUGAGUUGCAUAAUCGAAAACAUCAAGGCCAUCGUCGAUCCGAAGGGUUGCGGUUGCAUGUUGGGUUGCUCCAAUACCGUUUACGAAGUUGAAAAACACAACGAAUACUCUCCUUUCGAAACUGUUGUUGGAUUCGAGGUGGAAUUCCUCUCUUGGCCCUCGGUCAGGUACAAAAGGGAAAUCAUCUUCGGAUGGAGCGACCUCUUAGUGGCGUGCGGCGGAGUUGCCGGUCUUUAUACGGGAUUCAGUUUGGUUUCGGCUAUAGAGUUCAUCUACUAUUUCACAAUCAGAGUCUACUGCAUGUCUUUCAAAUCAGAGGAAAGAAGCAAAAAACGGCAGAAAAUUAAAAACUUACAAGAUUUACAUGUUACAAAUGCGAACACAGAUGGAUCUGUGAUGAUCAUCAAUAUUCUACCACCGUUUGGAAUAGAAUUUACAAAUUAAUUUCAAAC